AUGGCCCGCCUCGAGUCCGAUCACGAAACCGACGCCAACUACGGUCUGCUGAAAAACGAAGAGGCCCAGCAAUGGACUCAUGACGAGCAGCCUCGAGAAAGGCGGUUGAGUUUCUGGAUGAAUAUCGUUCUUCUUGUUGCGACCGCAGUCAUUUCCUGCGUAGUCGGGGUGUUCAUCGGGCACCAAGUGCCGGACUUGAACAAGAUCUGUUCUUUCCAUACUUCUCACUAUUCUCCGGUGGUCUCCAAUGUGGACAUCACGUAUCAACCCGAGCGGUUCAACGGGUCGCUGCUCAAGGAGAACAUCUACCGACAAGAUGCGAGCCCCGAGGUCGACGCUGCCUGGGAGGCAUUGGGCGUGAAUUAUCGAAGUUUGAGAGUGCCUGCUGAGGAAGCGGAGCGAGCUGGCCUGGCGUCGGACCAGGUGAAGAUCAGCCAGAAGUACGGUGGAGGAUAUCCAGCAAAUGUCGAAGGCUUCCAUCAUCUCCACUGUCUGAAUCUUCUCCGGCAAACCCUGUACUACAACUACGAUUACUAUCAUGACCUGGGUCAUGGAGCCUUCAAGAACGACGACUUUAUCGUCCGACGACACGUCUCUCACUGUCUGGAUAUCCUGCGACAGCAGCUCAUGUGCACCAUCGACACCGGUGUUCUCGGCCAGGUUUGGAUUCAUCCUGAGCAUCCCGAAGCAUAUGUCGACUUCAACACGCAGCAUCAAUGCAAGAACUUUGAAAUUAUCCGACAGUAUGCUGAGAAGAACCAACUGCCGGCUCAGAUUCCCAAGGAUUUCCUGGAGCCUCCCAAGUCCGGCGACAGGAUCUAUGAACAGAUUCCAUGA